UCGAUUAAAUUACAAUGGGAAACAUUUUUGAAAAGCUCUUUAAAAGUCUACUUGAAAAAAAGAUGCGGAUUCUUAUAUUGAGUUUGGAUACAGCUGGAAAAACCACCAUCUUGUAUAAAUUGAAGCUGGGGGAGACUGUGCCUGCCGUCCCUACAGUAGGUUUCUGUGUGGAGACAGUAGAAUAUAAAAAUAACACCUUCGCUGUCUGGGAUGUUGGCAGCCACUUCAGAAUCAGACCUCUGUGGCAGCAUUUUUUCCAGAACACAAAAGGUGCCAGAAGCCCAGGAAGCACACAUCAAGGCUCGCUUGCCAGCGGGGUGCUGCCAAUAAAAUGUAGUCACGUGGAAUUUGGAAUGUGGAAAGGAGGUAGAAGUCAUCCUUUCCUCCCCCAUAGCAGCAGGUGUGCAGGCUCUGGUGGUCAGCUGGACUCCAUACUCCCCCACCAGUCACCAGCCUGGGGACCGUGGGGCUGCAAGGACCUCAGCAGCAGUUUCCCAAGUUUCCUGACUUCUUCCAUCCUCUGGAAAUCAGCUGUGGGUGAUGACAACUCCGUGAGGGUGGAGAUUAUACCUCUCUCAUCAGUUCAGCAACAAGGAAAUAAAUUAGUGGCAGAGUAAGGGUGACUUGCUGCUCACUCCCAAAGCCUGACAAGUUGAUGCCACUGCUGUCUGAGGGCUCCUCCGGCUCAACAAUCAGCUCAGUGCUUGCGUAAUUCUUCCGGGCUUGUAACACCUUCAUGAACGCUCCUUCUGGAUUCCCUACAGAUGCUUCUUCAGCUGUCAAAAAAGAAGAGACUGCUUUGAUCAUGAAAGAUGAUGGGAUGGGAUGCAUCAGUCCAUAGCUGUACACCCCAGUCACACAGAGUAGGAGUCAGCAAACAUUCGAGUGCCAUUCAGAGAGGAGAAACACACACCCAAUCCUAAACCUAUGAAAUGGCAACAACAAAAGGAGAAAAUACAUCUUUUGAAAACACGGCCACCUACUUGGAACAUUCCAUAGUGUGACAUAGAGUAACUCUGUUUAGGAUUAUUUCGUUGAUCCCCAGAGGCCAAUUGCCCAGUGCUCAGUCAAAGCCCAAGGUGGAAGACAAGUGCUUCCCUGAUGAGCUGGCCUCUCUGCAGACUGCUCCGUACCCUGUGCUGUCCUGCCUCAGAUGCAGAGAGAGCACAAGGCUCCUGCUCUCCUCGUCCUCGGUGCACCUGUGUUCGUGCUACCAUCACAGCUAAAUGCAAUGAAAGGCGGUCCUCUGAGAGGAGCAGGGUGGAGAUGCUAAAGUGGAGGCCCCCUCCCAUUGCUGAUAGAUCCUCAUCUGGCAUGCGCUCCACCCUCCCCAUUCUCUGCUCCCACAUAUCGUAGCCCCAUCACAGAAGAUGCGACAUGGAAAAACGCACUGUGUCCACCCUAGUUCUUAAAUUUGGGCAGGGAUUUGGGGUGUAUGUUAAGAGUUUUUCAAAUUUGCCAGAUUGUAUGCCUAUGUUGUUAAAUACACAAUGAAUCCCUGGUAUGAUAGCAGUUUCUGGAUAAACAUUACUUGAGGUCCUAAAAUGCAGAAGGGAAAAAGCAACUUUUGUUAGAUGCCUACUUUGCUUUCAUUUCAUCUCUAAUAUUUUGGAUGGGGAAUCAUCCAAAGCUUCUGACUGCAUGAAGGUCAGGUGUGCCAGUGUGCAGCUGGGUUUCUUUUCCAGAAUUAAAAGUACUUUGGGUGGUGGUGAGGGUCAGAGGAAGAAGUAAAGAUUGUGAGAAAGGGGAAGAAACAUGGGCUUGGGGAGAACCCAGAAUUGGGGCCAGAAGACCUGGCACUAGGCUACAGCACUUAGCACCUCUGAUCUUGUUUUUCCUCAUCUGUAAAAGGAGGUUAACAAAGCUUUUCUGCCCACUUCUUGGGGAGAAGGGAAUAACAUAAUUGGUUAAAAAAAAAAAAGUUUUGAAAAAUAAGCAACACUGACUUUAUGUAACCAAGCAUUAUUAAUUAUCCACCCCAUAUCACUGGUAGAUACCUGUAUUCAAGCUAUCUGGACAUGAAAGCAGUCACAUUUUAGGAGUCAUGAAGUUGAUGCUAAUAAACCUAAUCUACAGAAA